AUGUACUUCUCAACGACCUCGUUUCUCGCGGUUCUCACCGCAUCCAUUGCUUCUGCACAGCAAAUGCAGCUCAACUACUACAGCGACCAGUGCAGCAGCUAUCUUGGUUCAGUCGAGGUGUCCUGGGCCACCAACUUAUACGCCGGACCCCCGAACUGCUACAACUAUCACUUUGGCACCUUUGCGAACAUUGCCGAUUGCUGGGCUGGUGGCUGCGUGUGCGACUUUUACCAAGGAUCCAACUGUGGCGGCGGUCAACUGUACGAACAGGCUUUUGGGGGAGGCAACUGUGUUCUAGUUGAUGGAGCGAAUUCUUUUGCAUGCUACUAUGGCAUGUAA